UUAUCACCACCGUCUGAGUCUCGGAAUGUCCCUCAGUCUCACACUCGCUCGUCCUCCCUCAGUCCCCACCCACUCCACUCCUCGAUGGAGCACGCCCACCUUCUCCCAUGUAUUCUCCUCUUCCUCCUCCUCCUCCUCCCAGGUGAUAAUGCCACCGCGAAUGGCGAUUCGGACGUCUCUAGCACAAGGACCUACAUCGUGUUCAUGGACGCGGCGGCUGCGGCUGCGGCGCACCACCCGUCCCCGGCGCAUUGGCACGCGGCGCACCUCGAGUCCCUGUCCAUCGACCCGGCGCGCCACCUGCUCUACUCCUACUCCGCCGCCGCCCAGGGCUUCGCGGCGGCGCUGCUCCCGGACCACCUGCCGCUCCUCCGCGGCAGCCCCGGCGUGCUGCAGGUGCUGCCGGACGCCGUCCUCCAGCUCCACACCACGCGCACCCCGGAGUUCCUCGGCCUGCUCUCCCCCGCCAUGCCCAUGCCCAGCCUUGACGCGGCCUCUCACGACGUGGUCAUUGGGGUCCUCGACACCGGCGUCUGGCCAGAGUCGCCGAGCUUCUCGGGCGACGGGCUCCCGCCGCCGCCCGCGCAUUGGAAAGGGGCGUGCGAGGCCGGCGUGGACUUCCCCCCCAGCUCCUGCGGCAGGAAGCUAGUGGGCGCCCGCAGCUUCUCGCGGGGCUUCCGCGCCGCCAAUGGCGGAGUUGGGAGGCGGGUGUUGGCGUCUCCGCGGGACAGGGAUGGGCACGGCACGCACACGGCCACGACGGCGGCGGGCGCGGCGGUGGCCAAUGCCAGCCUUCUCGGGUACGCGAAUGGCACGGCGCGCGGCAUGGCGCCCGGGGCGCGCGUGGCGGCGUACAAGGUGUGCUGGCCGGAGGGGUGCCUCAGCUCCGACAUCCUGGCCGGCAUCGACGCCGCCAUGGCCGACGGGGUGGGCGUGCUGUCGCUGUCCCUCGGCGGCGGCUCGGCCCCGUACUUCGAGGACACCGUGGCCGUGGGCGCCUUCGGCGCGGCGGCGGCCGGCGUGUUCGUGGCCUGCUCGGCGGGGAACGCUGGCCCGGCGGGCGCCACGGUGGCCAACUCCGCGCCCUGGGUCGCCACCGUCGGCGCGGGCACGCUCGACCGCGGCUUCCCGGCCCACGUCACCCUGGGCCCGACCGGGGCCCGUCUAGCCGGCGUGUCCCUCUACGCGGGCCCGGCCCAACCGGCCAUGCUCCCCAUGGUCUAUGGCGGCGGACGCGACAACGCGAGCAAGCUCUGCCUCUCCGGCACGCUCGACCCGGCCUCCGUGCGCGGCAGGAUCGUGCUCUGCGACCGCGGCGUGAACGCGCGCGUGGAGAAGGGCGCCGUCGUGAAGGCCGUGGGCGGCGCCGGGAUGGUGCUGGCCAACACGGCCGCCAGCGGGGAGGAGCUCGUGGCCGACAGCCAUCUGCUCCCGGCCGUGGCCGUGGGGAAGACGGCCGGUGACAGGAUACGGAACUACGUCUACGCCGCGGCUGCGCGCGGCAAUAAGCCGAUGGCGAUGCUGAGCUUCGGCGGCACGGUUCUCGGCGUGCGGCCGGCGCCCGUCGUGGCGGCAUUCAGCUCCCGCGGGCCCAACACCGUCGUGCCGCAUGUCCUCAAGCCGGACAUGAUCGCUCCGGGGGUGAACAUCCUGGCCGGAUGGACCGGCGCCAAGGGGCCCACCGGGCUCGCCAAAGACGGCCGCCGGACUCGCUUCAACAUCAUCUCAGGAACAUCAAUGUCUUGCCCUCAUGUCAGCGGAGUUGCUGCACUACUCAAGGCGGCGCACCCUAAUUGGAGCCCUGCUGCCAUCAAGUCUGCACUGAUGACUAGCUCAUACACUGUUGACAACACAAACUCCUCAUUCCGGGACACUGCAGGAAGCUCACCUGCAAACCCAUUUGCUUUCGGUGCAGGCCAUGUCGACCCACACAAGGCGCUUUCUCCGGGCCUUGUAUAUGACAUCUCUACCAACGACUAUGUCGUCUUCCUCUGCUCCCUGGACUACAGCGUUUCACACAUCCGGGUGGUGACCAAGAUGUCCAACAUCUCAUGUCCUCAAAAAUCCCGCCCUGGUGAUCUCAACUAUCCAUCAUUUUCAGUUGUUUUCAGGAAUAAACCAAAGCACGUUGUGAGGUAUAGAAGGGAGCUAACCAAUGUUGGUCCAGCAAUGUCCGUUUACAAUGUGAAGGUCAGCAGCCCUGCAUCUGUUAGUGUUAAGGUGUCACCAGAAAAACUUGUGUUCAAGAAGUUGGGGCAAAAGCUGAGGUACUAUGUCACCUUCACAUCCAAGGUUGUCGACCCAAACCGUGCGAAACCGGAUUUCGGUUGGAUAUCCUGGGUCAACAACCAGCAUGUCGUUCGCAGUCCAGUCGCGUUUACGUGGACGAUGUGACGACGGUAAGUUCAAGUCUUCCUAGUUUUCAGGAGCAGAUGAAAGAUAGGUAUAACUUCAUCUAAUUUGCUGAUCGAUCGCUUCACAAAGAGAAUCUACGUGAAGCUCUCAACUGCAAACCUGGAAUUAUUUCUUUCUACUGUCGGUCACUUACCCAACUCCACUUUCCCUUUUAGUUGUCAGUUGCCUGGUAUGUGCCAUUAACAUGUGAUGUUUCCUUUUCCUUUUUCCUAGUUCUAUCUUCGCUAGCAUGAAAUAACCCUGAAUUGAGAUGGCUCAGUCAUUUGAUUUAGAGUAAACUAUUAUUAUUGAAGUGUCAACUCAGUCAUUUGAUUUAGGGAAAGUUGGAACCCGAGAUGUUGGCAUUCAGUUAACUGUCAAGUCUCCUGAUGCACCUCAUUUUGUGCCGACAAUAUAUGUGCUACAGUGCCCCUGGUAGCCGCCGGACACAGGUCGGCACAAGCUGAACGUGGACGCUAGUUUUAUUCAUCAAACAGGUGAAGUUUGGUGUGGGGCUGUGCUGCGCGAUAGCCAUGGAAAGAUUGUUGCUUCGGCAUGGGGCAAGUGCUCCAGGUGCAGUACUGUGGUGGAAGCUGAGGCUUCAGCUUGUUUGGAGGGACUGCAGUCCCUCUGUACUCAAUUUUCGUCAGGUCUGCACCUUGAAAACGACUGUAGGGAGCUGAUUUCUGGACUGGUGCAUGCUGAUUCUAGAUCGAUCGGAGCUCUGCUUGAAGCUUCGAGAGAUUAAUUGCAGCCUAGUGAGUAUGGAUCCUUUUAAGAUCAGUUGGAUUAAAAGAGAUGGUAGUUCUCUGGCCCAUAAUCUUGCCUGUUUCGCUGGGGAGAAGGCUACUGCUGGUGUUUUAGUUCAGUCUAUUCCCAAGGCUGUUUGGGAUGGAGUCAAAUCCGAAUGUAAUAUGUGCUACUCGACCAGCUAGUUGAAUGCAAUUUCCCAUCAAAAAAACAAUGCAAGUAUUAGUAACACCUAGUACAGCUCAAGUCAACAACAAGAAUGUACUACUACAGCUACUGUCUGUCAUUAUCUGAUUCAAACUUCAUGUCAA